ACCGGAGCACCUCAAUUUUACUCUAUCAACUAUCACCCUUCAUUUAACCUCUUAUUCUCUCUUCCCCACUGCCAACUCUUUUCCAGAGGUCACUUCUCCCAAGUCCUUCAAAGCACGGGAAAUAUAGUCGUCAACCUUACCAUAGCGCACGCUAAGCACAUUCCGCAAUGAAGCCUGUUUCCCUCCUCGUUCCUUUGUUGGUUGACAUAGCGACGUGUGCAGCCGCCCACAUUCCCAACAUUGAGCAUGAUACACCCGCCAAUGUCCCUCAUGCUCGGCAGGAGGCAACUCAGACCAAUCCCGGCACCAUUCUCUCUCCGGUACCGUCCAUGCCAGGUUUGUGUCUGUUUCCCUGCCCACCAGCUGGGACAUGUGCCUGUACCUACCAUCUUCCCGAGCAGAGGUGUACGGAAACGGGCUGUGAGAUAGUUGGGCCCGAGUACUUGAGAACAUAGGGUUCGAUAUUCUGUAGGAGGAGGAAGGUUUGGGGAGGUGCCAGUAAAUUUAUAGGAAUAUUAAGUUUAUUUGUUAGGAGAAUGAUUAUUUAUGCUAGUGAAUGGCAAAAGCAAAAAAAAGGCAUGAGAAUAGUUCUUACCCUAC